AUGGACACACAAAGCGCAAGCGUUACCGACGCCAGGGUGGACAAACUAUGGUCGACGCUCGACACGCGCAAGCAGGGCCACCUCGACCUUGCCGGUCUCAAAAAGGGCCUGCGAAAGCUGGAUCACCCCUUAAAAAAUGCGGACCAGCUCUUGGAUGAUGUGAUGGAGGCUGUCGAUACAGACGGAAACGGAAGGAUCUCAUACAACGAGUUUCGCACAUUUGUGCACGAGACCGAAAAAGAACUCCGCCACUUAUUCCAAACUAUCGACUACAACCACGAUGGAAAGUUGUCAAAGGAGGAGCUGCGCUCUGCAUUGAGGACUGCUGGUCUCACGGUCCCCAAUCGCAGCCUUGACACCUUCUUCUCUGAAGUAGACACAAAUAACGACGGGGUUAUCAGUUUCGAGGAAUGGCGGGACUUUCUUCUUUUUAUACCCGUCAGUGAGCCGUCGUUGGGCGCCGUCAUGUCCUAUUUCUCCGCCACGAUGAAAGUUAAUCCAGAGGGCGAUGUCCUCAUAAGUGAUGACACAAUCCAAGGCUUAGGUACUGCACAGCGUUUUCUUCGUUUUCUAUUUGGUUCCCUUUUUCUUGUAGCGCAUACACCGCCCUACAAACCCCUUCCACCAGAACAUCAUGCGCCGCUCGAUGUGGAAUCACCUUUGAGUUCGGCGCUUGCCCUCCCAGACACCCUCCCGCCACGAUCUAAUGACGAGAAGACCAAGUCUUCUGUCCAAGAGAUACAGGCAGGCAUCAUAGAGAGCUUAGGAACCAUGCUGAUUGCUUGUGUUCCCAAUCCAGGCUAUUUCGUGGCGGGAGGCAUCGCAGGCAUUGUUUCUCGUACCUCUACUGCUCCCCUCGAUCGUUUAAAAGUCUACCUCAUAGCGCAGACCAGUGUGGCGGAAGAAGCUGUCGUCGCAGCGAAACAUGGCAACGUUGUCAAGGCUGCCAUGAACGCUUGGAGACCACUUGCGACCGCCACCAAGGAGCUAUGGCAGGCUGGCGGCAUGCGUAGUUUGUACGCUGGCAAUGGCUUGAACGUGGUCAAGGUGAUGCCAGAAUCAGCCAUUAAAUUCGGCUCUUACGAGGCUGCGAAACGCAUCUUUGCUAAGAUUGAAGGACAUAAUGACCCGGCAAUCAUACACUCGUGGUCAAAGUUUGUCGCAGGAGGUCUUGCUGGGAUGGUCUCACAAUUCGCCGUCUAUCCCAUUGAUACAUUGAAAUUCCGUAUGCAAUGCGAGACUGUCUCUGGCGGUCUACAUGGCAAUCGCCUGAUCUGGGCCACAGCAAAGAAGAUGUGGACCUCUGGCGGCAUUGCCGCAUAUUACCGCGGGUUACCCAUGGGCAUUUUUGGCAUCUUUCCGUAUGCAGCACUUGACUUGGGUACAUUUGAGUACCUCAAACGCUACGUGGCCCGGCGCAAUGCUAAGAGGCUCGGAUGCCAUGAACAAGACGCGGAACCCGGCGGCUUCAUGACGGCAGCUAUUGGUGGGUUCUCUGGUGCGUUUGGAGCCAGUGCCGUUUAUCCGCUCAACUUCCUCCGAACACGACUACAGAGCCAAGGCACUGUGCUGCAUCCCAGGACGUAUACUGGUAUCAUGGAUGUGACGAGGCAGACGAUUGCUGGUGAGGGUGUGAGGGGACUGUUCAAAGGCCUCACACCGAACCUGCUCAAGGUUGUUCCUGCUGUUUCAAUCACGUACGUUGUAUAUGACAAGUCGAAAAAGGCCAUUGGCCUACCAUGA